AUCAUAUAUUUUAUCUAUUUAUUUAUUUAUUUGAUGUUUUUGACGCUAUGUACCCAAAAGUAAGUAUUAUUUGUAAUUCUGUAUCUCCAUCAGUGUAAUAUUUGUGUUUCUGUUAUUUAUUUUUGGAUAUGCUGUGUACAGAGCCUUUUUAAGUCUCCCCUGGCAGACUGUGGUGGAGGUCACAGGCUGUGGAUGCCCUAAUCGUCCUCUGUACCUUUAAGGGAACCACGUACCUUUUUCAUCCAGCAGAUUCUGCGUGAUAUGAACUCCCAUCAAUUUACGGGAUUCUUUAUUCCCUGAGUGGAGUAGAUUCAGAGGGGCUGAAGCUCGAGCGCUCGUUGCUGCCUCUGCAGCAUUUGUAUUCAGAAUUUUGUUUAUUAAUUCACAUGGAAUUAAGUUUUUCUCUGCUGUAAUUCAUACUUGUGUGUUUUUUUUGGUUUUUAAUGUUUUUUUUUUAAUUGGCUAUACUUUAGAAAUGUGUGUUUUUGCAGUCAGAGUGUUUUUGGGAAUCCUUCUCUGUGCACCAUACCAGUGCUUGGAGUGUCCUUUUGGCUGUGAGUGUUUUGCUGUCACUCGCACAGUAAAAUGUGUUUCAGAGGAUCUGCUCACGGUGCCACAAAGUAUUCCAGGAUAUGCAAGGACUGUCAUCAUUACAGGGAAUAAUAUACACCAGAUUGGACCCGAUUCGUUUGCAGAGCUGGAGAAUGUCACCAACAUCAUUUUAAGCAAUAAUAGGAUUACAGAGUUGGCUUCCCACAGCUUUUCUGCUCUCACCAACCUGCGCUUCCUGGACCUCAGUGGGAACCGACUAGCACUCAUCCAUCCAGAAGCUCUCAGCAUACCUGGCGGUCCCCUUCAGGAGCUGAACCUGAGCCGUUCGCUGUACAACUCCUCCGCCCUGACAGACCUCACCACGGCUCUGCGCUGGGGUGGACUCAGAGGUCUGCUCCGUCUCGACCUAUCUGGGAACCACCUUGGCUUCCUGCCCCCAGGCAUGUUCUCCCACCUUCCCAACCUGCAGCAGCUCUUCCUCAUUAACAACUCUCUGGUGGAGGUCUACAGUGGCACUUUCUCUGGCAUGAACCACCUGCAGGUGCUGGACCUAACACACAAUGCCUUCAGGACAUUCAGUGCUGAUGCUCUACAAGAGCUAGGGAAGCUUGGGAACAUCCGAAUCCUUCUCGGUGAAAACCCCUACACCUGCUCCUGUGAGAUCCGCAGUUUUGUGGCCUGGCUGAAUGGAUCAAGAGCUUGGAUAGACGUGGACGCUGUAAGGUGUGACUCACCGGGAGGGUUAAGUGACACCCGGCUGCGGGGGCUCGGUGUCCAGGCCAUUGGAUGUGUUGUUCCAGUCCAAGCAGAGGUGGCUGACCUCACCCUGCAGACAUCCUAUGUCUUCCUGGGGCUGGUGCUCGGGUUUGUGGGCAUGAUAUUUCUCUUUGUACUCUACCUGAAUCGCAACGGAAUGAAGAAGUGGAUCAUUGAAAUGAGAGAUGCAUGUCGGGACGUUCUGGAGGGAUAUCACUACCGAUAUGAGAUUGACUCAGACCCUCGGCUGGGGCACAUCUCAGCAGGUAACCGUGGCAGUAGGGCACAAGGGCAUUUAGGAUUAUCUCUGUCACAGCAGCUGCCAACUGACACCUGUAUUAUCCAGGUUCCUACUGACACACGGGUCAAACAGGUGACAACCUCUCCACUUUUGAACCUAUGAUGUUGUAAUGAAGCUAGAAUAAUGUGACAACAUAUGAAAAGGAUGUAGUUGUAAGUAGUUGUAGUUGCUCCCUGUACAUACUGCAGUUGUAACUUAUCUCACCUUAAAAGUGCCUUUCUGUUUCCGAGGCACUGGAGCAUUGUAUCUGUAAAUGGACCUUAAUAUUGUGUCUUUAUCGUAAAGUUUAUUAAAAAUGUAUAAUAGGUAGGCUACACUGAAAUCAUCCACAUCUCGAUUUGUGCCAUCUGUGGUUUCUUUGCUUUUUGGUAUUACUGUCAUGACUUUAAAUAUAUUAACAUUCUGCAGCAGACUGCCAGGAAGAUAAACGACAUAGAUGGCAUGGAAAGUGCUGACCUAACAAACUGUAAUCCACAGACACACAGUGAAUUUUAUAAUAGGACUUUAUAAGAUUAUGUAUGCUUAACUAAAAUGAAAACAAUACAUUUUAAUUAACCGUGUGUCUUUAUUGUGCUAGAAUUCAUAGUGUGAUCUACCUGUGCUAUUAGAAGGAAUAGAUAUUAAAGCUCCUGUAUGAUAUGAAAUGUGUAUUUACAUUCGUCAUAAAUAAAAUAACAUUUUGAUGUAUUUAAUA